AAGGUUAAAUAAUUUUUUAAACUUAGUGUCAGCGAAGGUUUUGAAGAAGAAAAAUGUUGUUUAUCUGAAAUUCCUAAUGAAGUAGUCAAUAAAGAUUAUGUUUCCCAAGAAUCUAGCGUUCAAUCAGAAAGUCCUGAUAAAAUGGCCAUUGAAAGUUCUGCAGAACCAAAGCUUUUAUUAGAAAACUUGAAUGAAAUAUUUGAUAAAAAAUGUGUUGAAAAGUCACAAUUUUCAUUGCCAACUCAUUUUGAUAUAAAAAGUUCUGAAGACCCAAUAUGUUUGUUACAAACUGUAAUUAAAGAAGACUGUGUUUUUGAGACAUCGAGUUAUUCAAGCAAGAAUUUUCCAAAAAAUGUUGGUGAAAGUCUUGCUACUGAGAAUUCAAUUUAUUCAAUUGAAAAUCAUCCAAAAGAAAUGAAGGUUUGUCCAGUAUGUAAAUGGGAAGUGGAUGAUCUUCCCUGUCAUGUGAGGGAGGCACAUAAUUGGUCAUUAGAAAGUUCUCUGGUAGUAAUUUGUCAAUUCGGAUUAAGAAAGCAAAUGAAAAAAAAAGAAAAGACAAAAUGGAAAAAUUUACAUUAUAAAAAAAUGUGUCCUCUCCCUAAUUGUUACGCAGUUACCAAAAACAUUGGAGAGCAUUUAAAAAGCAAAAAGCAUGGUAUAAAAAUCGGAGAUGAAUACUAUUCUUUGCUUAAAAGUGCGAAGCACUUUGAUUUUAAUUUAAAUCCGAAGAAUAUUCAAGAGUCUCCAAAAAAAAAUUUUGGUUUGUAUUAUCGCCCAAAAAAUAAUAAUAAAAUUAAUAUAUUGAAUGUUGAACCCCAGAUUGAUAUCAUUAAAACGGAUUUUGUGUUUCCAAUAAAUAAUGAGGAUACAUUGAAUUCUUUACAGACCAAAAAAACCUUUGAAUGUUUAACUGAUGUGAAACUGAAUUCUAAUGAAAAAUCUUUUUCUUUGCCAGUUGUUUCUCAAAUGCAAGCUAUUAGUUUCACAAAUAACUACAAAUGCAAUAAUUCUAAUGAAACUUUUUCUCUUCCAGUUGUUACACAAAAACAAGCUUCUGAAGAUAGUAACUUACUGCCUAUUGAUAAAGACUUUCAAGAAGAAUCUAGUUUAUCCAGCGAGUCUAGUGAUUCUGAUUAUGAACCACCGAGUAAAUUAGAAAAGUCUGAAUGUUCACUUUCAGUUGAGAAAGUUUUCAGCAAUUUUUAUAACUACUUAGUUGGUCCAGAUCGCAACAGACAAUCAAGAAGCAUCACCAAAGUCGUUCAAGAUGUUAGAAGGAUUGUCUUAGCGUUAGGUCUUUCAAGUUGCUUUGCUGACAUUUUUAAAUUUCCUAAAUUAUUUUUCAGAGACAAGUAUUUGAUGGAUUAUUGUAAUAAAAAAAAUACAAGAGCAUCUUCAAUCAGAAAAUAUAUGGGGUCUUUUAUUGACUUUUGCAAGUUUUUAAUUUCUGAAGAAGUUGUUGUCUCUGGUGUUAGGAGUGAUGAAAUUAAUAUGACCAAAAUUAAAAUCGAAGAUUGGAGGAAAAGUUAUAAAAGAAAAGAAAAACUCCAAACUCAGGAAAAAAAAAUUUUAAAUUAUGAAAAACUCCUAACACCAGAGCACCUUUCAAUAUACCUGAACCAUGAGCAUGCUUUAAAUGCGAAAAGAUUAUUUGAUCUGUUAACACAAAAUCCGUUAUUGGUUUUAUCUCAAACUGAUUUUUGCUGUAUUAGGGAUUAUUUGUAUAUUGUUAUUGGAUUUUCUACUGCAGAUAGAUCUGGAGUAAUUUCAAAUAUGACAACUGGUGAAUUUUUCAAGGCAAAAGAAGUUGAAAAUCUAUGGGUUAUUUCUGUAUGGGACCAUAAAACUGCAAUGGAUUAUGGUCCUGCAGAUGUAAUGAUUGAAGAUGAACAUUAUCAACAACUUAAAAUCUUUGUGAAUUUUGCUAGAAAUAAGGUUACCUCCAAAGGUUUUGAUAACGUUUUUUUAUCCUGGAGCGGGAACAAAAUGAGUUCCGGGGAAAUAAGUGAUCGGCUAAAUAGUCUUUUUACUAAGGUUGGAAUUCGAGAUAAAUCAGCUAAAGCUAGACUUUGUUUUAACGAUUUAAGAAGCUCGACUUCAACUUUUGUAAGAGACAAAAAAAAAGGUUUUGAAGACGUUGUUGCGGAGGCUAUGAAUCAUAGCAAAUUGACUGCUGACAAACACUAUAACGUUAAGAACAGAAAACAAAGUGUGGCUAUGGGAACAAAGAUUAUCAGAGACCAUUAUUUUUCUGAGAAUCCUCCCAGUACUCCGAAGAAAAUUUGGUCGAAAGAUGAAACUGAUUUUUUAAAAAAAUCAUUACUUGAAAAGGGUUGCUCUUCCCCUAGUUUAAGUGAAAUAAAAAAUAGUAUUAGCGACUAUGCAAACAUUAAUGCAUCACCAACUCAAAUUUGUAGCAAAUAUCGAAGCUUGAAAAGAUACGAGGGGGACACAAUCAAGAAACUCGAUUCUUCAACUCAACAAAAAUUAUAUCUUUGGGAACCAGACGAUCUAAAUAUAUUAGUUACCAUUGGAAAAGAAUUUAUUGAUGGUGGUUCCGUUACAAAAAAACGUGUUGAGACGGUUUUAGGUAACACCCCGUUAUUUUAAAAGUUCAAUUUAUCUCAAAUUAGAACAAGAAUAAACUAUGAAAAAACAAAAAAAAAAUACAAAUAAAAAAUAAAUAAACAUGCAUGAUACAAGGUGCACUUUGAUGAGUGUAUUCAUUUGGUGUCUAUUUUACAGUGCUAAUCUUUUAGUUUCUUGUAGAGUUUAUAUAUUGUAGUGAUUAUCUCUAGUAUAAUCUCUUACUUGCUAAUAAAAUAAGGCUAUAUAAUUUUAUGCUCUCUCUCUUUCUCUCUCUCUCUCUCUUUUUCUCUCUCUCUCUCUCUCUC